AUGUUUCAACUAUUAUUUUGUUUAUGUUUCGUAACGUCAUCAUUUUGUAACGGCGUAGGUGAAAACAACCUAUUUGAUUUAAAAAGUGCUCGUCCUGCUCUAUGUCCAAUUGUUGGUUUUAACGGUAUGUUUUGUCCUGGUGGUAGUGGUAGUAAGAUUAAUGUUACUAGUAAAAAAUUAAAAUCAUCAACUGAAUCUGAACCAGUUGACUUACCAAAUAGUGUUGGUAUGGCUAUUGAUAUUAGUACAGGUGCUUUAUUAUUAUCAGUAUUAAAAAUAUCUAAGGGUGUUCAAAAAUGGACCGAUAAACAAUCAAAACAAACGUUUCUUAUAUCACCAGAAUUAAUAUUAACAGAACCACAGUCAUCUAAUAAUGAAAAAACCACAGUAAGUUUACCACUAUAG